AUAUAUGAUUUAUGUUAACUUGAAAUAUUUUUGUAUUAGAGUGAAAUAUUUGUGAAAUUUUUUGUUCUCCAUGUAUGGUUUUCCUACAAAAAUAUCAUAAAUUUUAAAAUUAAUUAGUCACUUCAUCUUCUUCAACAAAAAUUGGAAACAGUUCUCUGUUGACCGUCACUUCCAACCUGACAAUAGAGUCGGAGAUUGAUUUCGUCCAGGUUGCUUAUUAUAAGAGAUGUAAUCAAUUCAAAAGCGUAAAAUUUUAUGCUUCUUCUCACGAAAUUUCCAUACGUACUGAAGGCUAUGAACAUUUUGAUUUUCUGAAACCUAAGGCAGUAUAGCAUAAGUUUUGCUCCUACGAGAUGGAGGCGAUGGACAUGGACGAGGUUGAAGAAAUAUCGGACAUUGAAGCAUCGGUAGGGGCAGUGGAGAAUCUCCUCGGUUAUUGUUUCAAGCAGAAGAAGCUUCUGGAAGAGGCCUUGACUCACUCCUCCUGUGCUGACUCCCCCUCCGCCUCCUACCAGCGCCUCGAGUUCGUCGGCGUCGCCGCUCUUGGCUUGGCCGUCGCCAACUUCGUUUACCUUUACUAUCCCGGCCUCGAUCCCGGGAAACUCUCGCUCCUACGCUCCGCCAACACCAGCACUGAGAAGCUUGCGCGCGUGGCCGUCCGCCACCGCCUCUAUAAGUACGUACGCCACAACGCCGCUGUCCUUGAUGAAAGGGAUACCAUAUUCGAUCAUAUCAAUAUGGAUGGUGAAAUUGAAGAAGCAAAACAGAAGCUGCAUGAACCACAUUCAAACCCAAACUACAAAAUCAUUAAAGAAGCAUGUGUAGCUAAUCAGAAGAGAUUUACAUGCUCUGUUGAAAUUGAUUUAUCAAUGGCUUCACUUUUGAUGGAGGGGAAAGAGAAGCCAAGAGUGAGAGAGGCAGAGAGCUCAGCAGCUUCAGCAAUGCUCUUCGGUCUUAAAAACUCAAGACUUUAUAUGAUUAUCAUGUCCUAAACCUAAGAUAGUGAAACAGCUAACCACAAUAGGAAUUAGAGUUGUACUAUCAAAUUCUUGAGAAUCAAGUAUUUGAAGGAUACUUUAUUUUGUACGUGCACCUAGUUUUGAUUGUUGAGAAGUAAUCGACUUUUGAUUAGACAACA